CAGUGGCGGCGCUGCUGCGUUUGUUUAUUGUCUUGUUGCGGGAAUUUCUUGGAGGAGAUUUUAUUCAAAAGGAUUUUCUUGCAUUUUCCAGUGUUUUUGUGUGUUUUCCUGGACGAAGUUUUCCGGAGAAGUGUUCAGCAAUGUUGGACCUUUUGUUUUCAGUUCACAAAAAAAUCCCCACAGCCCUUCCCAUUGACACAAGCAAUUCCAGGAAUUUUGUGACUGUCUCCUCGUGCAAUAUCAUCGCCUUUACGUCCAAUUUUGACCUCACGACUGGAGCUUAUGGCUAUCAUUGCUACAUUUGCGACAUAAACGCCCCAUGGAACGUCUACAAGGUAACUUCCAACAAGUAUCCAAUUUCAAUUCUUGCCUGGGAUGUUUUGGGGAAGUACCUCCUUAUCGGGAAUACUUUUGGCUCAAUCUGCAUUUGGAUGCAAAAGGAUAAUUUCCUGUCUGAGUGGUGCCACGUCUAUACGGCUACCUUCCCCGGGGAAUGCAUCAUCAAGGCGGUGUUCUUCCACAAUGGCAGGAAGAUCUCCUUCAAUGCUGACAAGAAGGAAGCCUCCUCGUAUUCGGAUAAAUUCCAAAAAGUCAAAUUCUUCCCCAGUGUCCGGCAAUUUGGGGGUGUCCCCACGGAUGGAUUCUUGGUUAUUACGGCUAGUGGACUUAUUGGGGCUGUGGCAAUUCCUCCGGAACAACCUACAGCCCCAUCUCCGGCUCCUCCACCGGCUAAUCCUCCUGCUCAGCCGGCUGCCACUCAACCCCAAGCAGCUCCUCUGCCACCGCCACAGCCUCCAGUUAUCGUAAUUCCCCACAUCCUGGCCACGGUGACUGAGAGUCUCGGCCAAACACGAAGCUUCUACACAACAGCUGACGUUUGCUACGGGAAAAAUGGUCACUUCCUGAUUGCUGCCUCGAACAAUGACUACCAGAAUCGAACGCUCAUUGUUCAAUGCUUCAGGGUAAUUGUGAAGAAAGUCGAGGAAAAGUUGACAAUAACGAGCCAUUCUUUGCCGAGUUUCUUCCUCAAUGAGGGCAUCGGGAGGGAUCUUCCGGACUUGGAUCUGCUGAAGCUGAAAUGGACAUUCCAGGAGGACACAGAUACGCUCAUUGUUGCCAUGAAUUCCAGCAUUGGGGGCUUCAUUGAAGUGUGGGGCCUCGUGGAGAAAUCCACGCCCAUCCAUAAACUCUUCCAGGCCAACAAAUCCGAAGUCUUCAAAGCUUUUGUUUGGACUCCACAAAGUCAUUUUCGGUAUACUUCGAAGAUCCUCAAUAUUUGCACGAGUAAACUCCAACUUGGCUCAUCAGGCUACAUUUCCGUCGUGAUGGCAGACAAUUCUGUUUUCUGCCUUCAUCGGGAUACCCUGAGUAAGGCAGCUAGUGGAAGUUUGAGCAUUGCUCAUCGCAUCGAUGACGGAGCGAAGCAGACAAAAUUGAAUUCAACUCCGAGAGACAUUGAUGUGUCGUGGAUGGGGCAUCUUUUGGUUUGUCUUGACAAUCUCGGGCAGUUGUUUGUCUUCAAGAGCAACAACAUGCCCGAGCAGCUGGGGAUGCCGUCUACAAUACAGCACACGGUGUCUCUUCUUGAGUACUGCAUCGUAGCGGGAUAUGACUAUCUGGAUAUUCUCCUGGCUAUUCGGUCAAGUACAAUUGAUAAUAUCGUUGAGAGAUUAUCGGAGAACUUCAACAGGCAAGUUAAUCCGAUUCAGCAGUUUUACUACGUUAACUUCCUCACAAUGAAGACGAAUCUCUACCGAUUAUCCCCGUCGGGGCAGUCAAAGUCUCAAGAUUUAGCCUGUCUCCUUAUGCUUCAUUCCAUUUUAAUUGCCUUCAAGAGCCUCCUUCGUCCGUCAGAUCUCACUUGUCAUGAUAAAGGCCCGGCGGAAUAUUUGGCCAUGGGCCUCUCAGAGUCCAAUACAGACGUUGACAAAGUUCUGUUGAAUCUCGAAGCAAAGGACUUUACGGUGGAACCUUCAACGCUGCAGAGUCUUCAGCAGCUGAUUCAGUGGGUUUCAGACUUGGCGCUCAAUAUUCUCGCCCGGCUUCCUGAAACACGUUCUAGUGGAGGGAAUAUGAAGAACACAGGGUACGAAAUAAGUCAUGACGUCGUGGCGCUCAACAGUAUUCGCGAACUUCUGGUUAUGAUUAGAAUUUGGGGCCUGCUAAAGGAGCAGUGUUUACCCAUUUUUGCACGUGCCGAUAGCCUGGAUAUCCUCUCGACGGUCUUCCGGCUUCUCACGCGUCUGGCCUUCAAUCCCAAUGAACCAGACGACAUGCUUCUGGAUGAGUGUUGCCUACUACCGAGUCAGGUGAUGAUCCCGCAGUUGCCCUUUGUCACAAUGCGCGUCUCAGUGGCUUCUCCACUUCUGGCCAACUUGAAUCUUCCGCUCUAUUUUGAGUACAACGUUGAACCGGAAUGUUUGAAGUUUUCCGUGGAUAACAAUCCCAUGGAGAAUGGUGGGGUGUCCAAUGAUAGUGUUGUGGAUUCAGUGAGACACCUGCAGCUGGGAAAGAUGCCUCCAAUGCUCCGGAAAUGCUGCCGGUGUGGAGCUGCAACAGCCAUGAAUAGUGUUGCUCGAACUGCUGCAAUGAAAGCUUGGGAGCAGCGUUGGUCAAGCGGAUGUCGCUGCGGGGGAUUCUGGCGCCUCCAAUCGUACGUCUAAAACCCCACACAGAGCAUCCGGAAGCAAGAGAAGAGGACAAGCAUGAGCAGAAAACAAAGAAUUGUGUAGAAAAAAAUAUUUAUUUGACAACUAAAA